AUGAAGCCGACUUGGUCUAAAUAUUUUUACAGCCCGCUGAUGAAUCUCGCGUGGGCUGGAGUUAACAUUUACGAGGUUUCCGAAAGUAACGUUUGGAGAUGGGUUUACAAGAUUUAUACCGCGAUUUUCAUGUUUCUGUUUGUCUACGGUUACACUUUAACUGAAAUCCUGCACGUUCUCAAGCAUUUCAACCAUUUGGAGGAAGUCACUUUGACUUUAUGCUACUUGAUCGCUCAUUUUAUUGCCAUUGGUAAAAUGAUCACUUUGAUGGUGAAUCGGGUGAAAAUUGGGAAAUUUUUAAUGUCUUUGGAAAACGACCCGUUUUUACCGCUCGAGGAAAGAGGUGGAAUUGCAGAGAGACGAAUUAUCGAUGAAGCUAAUAUUCAAACGCUAAGGAUUGGAAAGAUAUUCGGAUUUCCCGCCUUGGCCAGCGUCUCUUCGCGCGCCAUCCUCUUCGCCUUCAAAAAAAGCGAAACGAUUUUCGAUCCAACAACGAACACGACCAGAAUUGUUCCUGCGUUUCCGUUUCCAUCGACAUUACCUUUUCCGCUCGACGAGACGAUAAGUCCGAACUACGAAAUACUCUUCGUUUAUCAAACAUUUUGCGUAGGAAUUUUCGCCUGGUACUUAGGGAAUUCCGACACGAUAAUCACCGGUCUGAUAAUACACUUAUCGGCGCAGUUCAAAAUAAUAACGAACGCAGUGUCCACUGUCUUCGAACGCACGAAUUCCACGAAAGGAUUACACGACAGGGUGAAAGAAUGCGUGGAACAUCACCUGAAAAUCAUCGAGUUGCUCGACAAUUUGGAGAGCACCUUUUCAACGCUGUUCCUGAUACAAUUCAUGGGAAGUCUGACAGCUCUUUGUGUAUCGCUUUAUCAAACAUCUCUAAUGCCUGUGACUAAUCCGACGUUCAUUGCUAUGUCAACCUUCACCAUAGCAAUGGGAUUUCAAAUAUUCAUUUACUGUUGGAACGGCAACGAGCUUUCGUGGCACAGCAUUCAAGUAGCGAAAGCGGCUUACGAGAGCGAUUGGGUAGACGCGGAUGAAGACGUUAAGAGAAGCAUCGGUAUGAUAAUGAUGCGAUCGCAACGCAUGUGUAUUUUGACGGCUGGAAAAUUCUCCGUCAUUUCGCUUGACACAUUUUCAAAGAUUCUGCGUGGAUCGGUUUCUUAUUUCAUGGUUCUAAGAAAAAUAAACGAAGAUAUAGAGUAA